AUGUCUUCGCCAAAGCCGCACGGUGGUGCGCACUCGCAAUUUUCGGAAGAAACGCCACUCCUCCGAAAUGAUUCCCUUUCAACUACGUACAAUGGUGAAAUAUCACCGUGUUUGCCUGACGACGGUCUCCCCAAAAUCUCUCAUACGUCCUCCGAAUCACCUCGUAGGCCUGCGAGCAGGCUCGCCCUAAUUAUCUUAUGCACAAGCAUCCUUACUAUCCUAUGUAUCGGAUUUUUCGUCCCCGCUGCUGCUUCGCAGUAUGCCAAAGAGGCCGUCAUUCUUGAUAUUUCAAGUCUCUCUAUUGAGGGGUUUACGGAUCGAGGUGUAAGAGCUCGUGUCCAGGCAAGAGUGACUGUGGACGCGGGCAGAGUCAGGAACAAUGCAGUUCUAGCUCUUGGAAGAGUUGGAACAUGGAUUGUUCGGAGGGUAUCGAGCGAACAUUCAAAAGUGCAUGUGUACCUCCCAGAUUACGGCGACGGUCUGUUGGGGACAGCAACCACGCCUGCCAUGGAAUUAGACAUACGUAAUGGUCAAAUAACACUAAUAGAUUUUGUCUCCGAGGUUGAGACCGGGUCUCUUGAUAUUGUUCGGAGCGUGGUAAAUGAUUAUCUCACGGGGAAUAUUGGAUUGUUACGGGUUCGCGGAGAAGCAAGCCUGGGCUUGAAGGCCGGUCUGUUUAACCUGGGAACACAAAAGAUAUCUGAGGAACUAGUCUUCGAAGAAUUCCCAUCUUUGCCUAAGUUCCAAGUCAACAGAUUAAAUUUUGAGGAGGUAAUUCUCCCCAGACAAAGGGCUGUAAACGCCACUGCAUCUAUUACGCUCAAGAAUCCAUACCAACUACAGUUUGGGAUUCCUUCAAUACCCUUCAAUAUUCUCCUUCAAGGUUGUGAUGAGCACAAUUUAGUACAUAUAGCUACAGCGAAGAGCUUGCCUCUUCAUGUGGAGCCCAAGUCAGACAUAGAUGUGGAAAUUUCCUCCAUCAUACACAACCUUCCUGGUACUUUCAUCAAUGCCUGUCCGAAAUCACAGAUAUCUCCGAUGGAUAAAUUUCUCGGGGCCUACCUCCAUGGGGACGACAAUACUGUCUUUGUUCGGGGCAGCGAUUCUUCAAGUCCGAAUGUUCCCGGGUGGCUGCAGGAAAUCUUACAAAGUAUUACCGUUCUUGUUCCAUUCCCGGGAAACGCAUUCAACGAUACAGUAAAGUCCUUCAGUUUGUCAAAUGUCAGCUUCCAACUUCCAACAUCAGAUGCUGAGCCUGGCUCCCCAGAGUCGUCUCCACGAUUAGGCGCGUCGGUGGUUGCUAUUGUUAGAACCCCGGAAGAAAUAAACCUCUCGUUAUAUGUGAAACGACUUCGAGCAAUAGCAAACGUUUCGUACGAAGGUGGGGUAUUUGGAGCACUCGACCUUCGCAAAUGGAUGAUAGCGGAGUCCUCGCGCUCUAGUAACAACAAAUAUCUCGAAGUUAAUGCAGAGGUUAAGGAUGCUCCCUUGAACAUAACGAAUUAUGAUAUAUUCAGGAUAGUGGUUAAAAAGAUGCUUUCAGGGGAGGAGAAUUCUCUUCAACUUGGUAUCAGAGGAGAUACUGAUGUCGAUAUUAAAACAAGCUUGGGUGAAUUUGUGAUUAGCAACAUACCUGUAACGGGGAAUAUAACCAUCGACCGCUUUCCAGGAUUUGGGUCUAUGCCAUCUCCAAAGGCUCAUAAGGUUGUAAUCGAAGAUACGGCGCCACACUCUAUUACCCUACGCGUUGAUCUAAGUAUCAAUAACCCCACCCCUUGGGGGGCUAUAGUGCCAUAUAUGAAUGUUAACAUUACACAAAAUGAUACGGUAUUGGGGAAUGCAAGCGUCCACAACGUACAUAUAUUACCUGGUAAUAACCUUUUAACUGUGUGGGCAAUAUGGGACCCAAGAACCCAUGGGGGUGGUCAAGCAGGAAAAAUAGGAGCCCAUCUUCUCGGCGAAUAUAUUUCUGGCCAGAAUACCACCAUUACUAUCCGCCCGCAUGUGAGAAGCUUGCCAUCUUUGCCACUAUUGUCAGGUGUACUAUCAAACUUUGAACUUACGAUUCCAACUCCUCGACUUGGUGGAAUUGACGACCCUGAUGGCAAUGCACCACCCCCUUUCAUAGAAUCUGCAACUAUUCACGUACUUUCGUCAACUGCUGAUUUUGUUAUCGAUAAUCCUCUAAGAAACAAUGCAAUCACGAUUAAAAAAAUCAAUGGAACAGCGAAGUAUAAUGGCAGUGAUUUAGGGACAAUAUUAUACGAGUGGCCGUUUGACAUUUUGCCCGGUAAACAAGGAAAAACCUUGACGCCCAAGCUGCCAGUGGAUUGGGGCCCAGAUAAUGUAGGGUACGGAGUGGUUAAGAAAGCACUACGUGGGCAACUGAAGGUGCACGCAGAGGCCUUGUGCAUGAUUGGAAUUGGGAAUUUUUCGGUGGAACUAUUUUAUAACGGGAGUAGACCAAUAGGGGCACACGUUGGAUUUUAG